GCCCCUCUCCCUCUCUCUCUAAUCUCUCUUCCUCCUUCAGCCGUCGACGACCAUGGCCUUGGGUUUCCGACCUUCUCAGAUCGCAUUCAAGACCAAGAUGGCUAAUUUUUGCUACAUGGCAUUGGUUAUCACUCUAUGUACAUCCUUUUAUUUCCUUGGAAUAUGGCAAAACUCUCCCGGUCCACUUCCCAUCUCCACCGCCUCCUCCUCCGCUAACUCUGUCCUCUGCGCCUUCUCUAAACCGAUCACCCCCAUCCCUGACAACAAGCAAUUAGAUUUCUCUGCCCACCAUUUUCCUAUAGACCCAACGCUGGUUUCCGCGGCCGAAACCCACCUACCUCCCUGCAACGUUUCGUUCUCCGAGUAUACCCCAUGUGAGGACGUCCAGCGAUCACUGAGAUUCGACAGGGACAUGCUUAUAUACAGAGAGAGGCACUGUCCAGAGAAGAAUGAGAUUUUGAAGUGUCGCGUGCCAGCGCCGUUUGGAUACAAGAUUCCAUUCCGGUGGCCUAAGAGUCGGGAAUUUGCAUGGUUUGCUAACGUGCCGCACGAACACUUAACCGUGGAGAAGAAGAAUCAGAAUUGGGUGAAGGUGGUGGGCCAACAGCUUCAGUUCCCUGGCGGCGGCACCAUGUUUCCACGGGGCGCCGACGCAUAUAUCGAUGAUAUCGGAAAACUAAUCAAUCUCAAAGACGGAUCCAUACGCACCGCCAUCGACACCGGCUGCGGGGUUGCAAGUUGGGGAGCUUAUCUUCUGCCCAGGAACAUCCUAACGGUGUCAUUUGCUCCUAGAGAUACUCAUGAAGCUCAGGUGCAAUUUGCCCUGGAACGAGGAGUGCCUGCAUUGAUUGGUGUUCUUGCUUCAAUCAGGCUUCCAUACCCUUCCAGGGCCUUUGACAUGGCUCAUUGUUCCCGGUGCCUCAUUCCAUGGGGCCAAUAUGAUGGACUGUACUUAAUUGAAAUCGAUAGGAUUCUUCGUCCUGGAGGUUACUGGAUUCUGUCAGGGCCACCAAUAAACUGGGAGAGCCACUGGAAAGGUUGGGAAAGGACAAAAGAUGACCUGAAAGCAGAACAGACUAAGAUUGAGGAUGUAGCUAGGAGCUUAUGUUGGGAAAAAAUUAAGCAGAAAGGUGACCUUGCUAUCUGGAGAAAACCAACCAAUCAUGUCCAUUGUAAAGCCUCCAAAAAUGAGUUGAAUAAGCCAAGGUUUUGCCCCACUCAGGAUCCGGACAUGGCAUGGUACACAAAAUUGGAGACUUGUUUAACCCCACUACCUGAAGUAUCUGAUACAAAUCAAGUUGCAGGUGGGGAACUAGCAAGAUGGCCAGAGAGAUUGAACACGAUCCCUCCAAGGAUCAGCAGUGGAAAUCUGGCAGGAAUAACAGCAGACAAGUUUAUAGAGAACACAAAGAUGUGGAUGAAGAGAGUAGCAUAUUACAAGAAAGUGGAUUAUCAGCUAGCAGAGACCGGAGGGUACCGGAACUUGCUGGAUAUGAACUCUUAUUUGGGAGGCUUUGCAGCUGCUCUUGUUGGUGAUCCAGUGUGGGUCAUGAAUGUUGUCCCUGUUACUGAGGCUGGGAUCAACACCCUUGGUGUCAUCUAUGAACGCGGAUUGAUUGGAACUUAUCAGAAUUGGUGCGAGGCAAUGUCAACUUAUCCAAGGACUUAUGAUUUCAUUCAUGCUGAUUCGGUUUUCAGCCUCUACAAGGACAGAUGUGAGAUGGAAGAUAUUCUUCUGGAAAUGGAUAGGAUUCUACGGCCGGAAGGUAGUGUUAUUAUCAGAGACGACGUGGAUGUAUUGGUGAAGAUCAAGAGCAUAAUAGAUGUAAUGCAAUGGGAUGCAAGAAUUGCAGAUCAUGAAAAUGGACCACACGAGAGGGAAAAGGUUCUUUUUGCUUCUAAACAAUAUUGGACAGCACCAGAACCAAACCAAGGUCAAUAAGGAAUCAAUCAAA